CAAGACAGAGAGAAAAAAGAAAAACCAUAAACGUGACCAAUCACACCCACCGGUUUCGAUUACUCCGCCACUAAACCCUCUUUAAAUACAGCCCUAAUCAUAACCUUUCUCCGCACUACUCUCAUUUCUCUCUCUAAAACACUACACUCUGCCUCUCAGUCAUCUUUUCUGUCUCUAGAAAACUUCAGUCAUCUUUUUUCUCACAUGGGUUCUGAUAAGAAGAUCAAGAUCGGAAUCAACGGGUUUGGAAGGAUCGGUCGUUUGGUUGCUAGAGUUGCUCUGCAGAGAGACGAUGUUGAGCUUGUUGCUAUUAACGAUCCCUUCAUCACCACUGACUACAUGAUAUAUAUGUUCAAGUAUGACACUGUUCAUGGCCAGUGGAAGCAUCAUGAGCUUAAGGUCAAAGACGAGAAGACCCUUCUCUUUGGUGAGAAAUCGGUCACAGUCUUUGGCAUCAGGAACCCAGAGGAGAUCCCAUGGGGUGAAACCGGUGCUGAAUUUGUUGUGGAGUCUACUGGAGUCUUUACAGACAAGGACAAGGCUGCUGCCCAUUUGAAGGGUGGUGCAAAGAAAGUUGUCAUUUCUGCUCCUAGCAAGGAUGCUCCCAUGUUUGUUGUGGGAGUCAAUGAGAAAGAAUACAAGCCUGAGCUUGACAUUGUCUCCAAUGCUAGCUGCACUACCAACUGUCUUGCUCCCCUGGCCAAGGUUAUUAAUGAUAAAUUCGGCAUUGUUGAGGGUCUCAUGACCACUGUCCAUUCCAUUACUGCCACUCAGAAGACUGUUGAUGGUCCAUCAAUGAAGGACUGGAGAGGUGGAAGAGCUGCUUCAUUCAACAUCAUUCCCAGCAGCACUGGUGCUGCCAAGGCUGUUGGUAAAGUGCUGCCAGCCCUGAAUGGUAAAUUGACUGGUAUGGCGUUCCGAGUUCCUACUGUGGAUGUUUCAGUUGUGGACCUAACUGUAAGGCUUGAGAAAACAGCUACGUACGAGCAGAUCAAAGCUGCUAUCAAGGAGGAAUCAGAGGGCAAACUCAAGGGUAUCUUAGGUUACACCGAGGAUGAUGUGGUCUCCACAGACUUUGUGGGUGAUAACAGGUCAAGCAUCUUUGAUGCCAAGGCCGGGAUUGCUCUGAGUGGAAACUUUGUGAAACUGGUCUCGUGGUAUGACAAUGAAUGGGGCUACAGCUCCCGUGUGAUCGACUUGAUUGUCCACAUGGCUUCUGUUGCUUGAGGCUUCCAAUGAUGAUUUCAAAGCUCUGUUUUAUUUUAUUUUUUUUUGAUUGGGGCCUAGAGUUUUGUUUUUUUGGCCUUCGAACUUGUAGUUGGGAAUAAACAAGAGUGCGUUUAUGCUAGAGUUUUGUCGAGCCUGAUGAAUCUGGUUGGAUUUUGUUUUGGUUUUCUAGUCAUGUUGGAGUUGCUUCUUCCUUGCAAAGACAAAAAAGGAAACUUACCUCUGUCUUACUAGUUGUUGCAGAUUUUGUCCUGGUGAUUGUAGUCAUCAGUCCUGUCUUUCUUGAGAGAAGAAGGAUGAGUAAUGUGGUAGUAUUUUCCUUUAUUAUGCAAAUAAAAUAUUACCAUUUAAUCAUUUAGUUUUGUG